AUGACUAGCGUUUCGUUCAACUCCAUGGCCGCCAGCUACGAGCGUAUGGCUGGCGGAGCCACUCGAGAACUGAUCGAGCGCGCCCUACCACUCCUACCGCCCAUUACGUCUAGCUCUGUCGUCCUGGACAACGCCUGCGGCACCGGCCUGGCCUCCUCCGCCGUCCUUCGUCUCGCGACCCCAGCUACCCUCCACGCCAUCGAUGCCGCGCCCGCCAUGGUCGAAAUCGCGGCAGGCGUCCUGCCGCCCACUGUACACACGGCCGUGAUGCCGGGCGAGUCGCUCUCUUUCCCGGACGGGACUUUCACUCAUUCGCUCACAAACCUGGGCCUCUUUGCCUUCACCGACCCUGCGAAGGGCGCCCGCGAAAUUCAUCGCACGCUGCGGGACGGCGGCGUCGCACUCGUCACGGGGUGGGCUUCGCACGCGCACUUGGACAUCGUGGAACGCGUGCAAAAGACACUGCGGCCUGGGGUGGCGCCGCGCUCGUUCCCCAUUUCCGAGGACUGGUUAAGGGUGGAGACGUACAAGCGGACGCUGGAGGGUGCUGGGUUUGGUAACGUGGAGGUCACUACCCGUGAAGUGUGCUGGGCUGCGGAGAGCCUGGAUGAUCUCGUGGACCUGCUUCUUGGUGUUCUGGAGAAGAUGAUUGCUGAAGACUUGACCGAGGGAGAGAUGGCCAAUGGUCGCAAACUCGCUCGAGAGUACGCCGAGCCAGAGGUACGAAAGAUGACCAGGCCUGGAGGUGGAGAGGUGCUGGGUAUUUCUUUGACCGGUAUUGUGGCUAUUUGUCGGAAGUGA